AUGUCCAAAAGUUCAGCUAGCUCAGGUGCCGGUUCUGUUGUCAGACUGGACGAUUUACCCUCACCACUGCAGCAGGUAGGUAUUUUCAAGACUUCUUUUCAAAACUCUCAAACAAAUAUUGUGCUUAUCAUUACGCAUUUAGGCCUACAAUUCUUCGCAGAGAGAGACACCAUAGAAAACCGUAUAUGGCAGAUCGGAGGAGAACUAAAGGCACAGCGACAAAAAGUCUACAAGGAAAUUCAAGACCUACGCCGCGAGAUAGACAGUCUGACCCGCAAGGCCAAUCGCUUCGACACCCUAGUGUUUCAAAUACGACGCAAGAUCCUCACUAAAUGGUGUGGCCACCCUACAAAUCCUAUUGAAACACGGCAGCAGAAGCAAGCCGUUCAUGGAGGCAAUAUCCUCGCAGACACCAACGUCAUUUUGCGGAUGGAAACAGAAGAUUAUCAGCGAGCUGUCAAAUGGAAAGGAGCAUUUGCAGCCCAUUAUAAUAUUCCUUGGGCAGAGCACCUUGAGGAACAACUAUAUAGAACCACCCAGCUGGUGCGGCGGUGCGACCUGGCAGCAAAUACCAAAUUUCUGCGUCGUUACAGCCAACUUGGGGACGAUGAAGCCCGUACACAAAUUCUUGCACCGAAUGGAUUGCAAAAUGAAGAGGGAUAG